AUGGCUGAAGUUGUGGGCUUGGUAGCGAGCGCGGUGACCUGUGAGUAUCUUUGCGCAUUGCAACUCCCCUUUCUCACCAAACUGCAGUGGCUGCAACCGCCCAUGGAGCUGUCAAAUUCGCCAAAGCGCUCUUCAAAGUCACCACAACGUUCACACAUGCGCGAGAAAGAGAUGGCUGAGAUGGCUGAGAUGGCUGAGAUCACGCAGAGGCUCUCGCAGUUCUUUACGAGCCUGCAGGUAAAUCACACACUGCCUAAUGCGCCCGCUGUAGAUCCGGCUACAACUCAGCGUAAGAUCACAGAAACUGUUGUACAGACGAAUCAACGAUCGGUAGAGAGCGCGCGAAACGAGGUCGCUGAAGACGAUAAGCCAUUCGAUCCUCUUCAUGGCAAGCGGGCAGAGCCGGACCUUCGCGAACAGUACACCUUCGACACUGCGACCUGGCUGUACCAUUUCGUCUUCGGGCCAUCAAUGUCAGAGUUACACAGCGAAUCAUCACAUCAGCCUUCAGUCUCUGAUGAAGACUCAGAAAAGCGCAAUGGGACUGUGGUGUUGCCUUCUCCGGAUCAAAUGAUGCUAACAAGCAGAGAGAUCAUCGUUUGGGGGUCUGGGACAGAACCAAGCAUCGUAGUCAAUAGGCUAUCAUCUGCUUGA